GGCACCUCCCUUUAUUUUACCCCCACCACAUCCAGCACUACUAGCUCUUACUUCUACUACUAGUUCUUGACUUCCCCCCUUGUGUGAUUGAGAGAAUUUUAGCAAUGGCCUCGUCAAAGGUCCUCCUCCUCCUCGGCCUGGCCUUCGUCGCGGUCGUUCUCAUCUCAUUUGAGGCGGUCUCGGCUCGUGAUCUCGCUGAAGUCACCCAGACUGAGGAGACUGUCGGGUCGGACCACUACGGUGGACAUGGUGGAUACAGACAUGGUGGGGGCAAAGGCUAUGGCCACGGUGGUGGCUAUGGCCACGGCGGGCACGGUGGCUAUGGCCACGGCGGGCACGGUGGCUAUGGCCACGGCGGGCACGGUGGGCACGGUGGCUAUGGCCACGGCGGGCACGGUGGCGGUGGCCACGGCGGGCACCCUGGCCAUGGUGCAGCGGAGGAAACUGAAGCCGGGAACAAAUAAAUAAGUAUGAGAAAAAUUUCCAGCUCUAUCGAUGAGAAAUCAUAGGAGUGAUGGAAGUUGGUAUUAUGUGUUGUGUGUGUGUGUGACAUACAUAGUUUCAUGAAGGCCUUUGUAUGGUAAAAUAAGCUCUGUGAUGCCAUUGGCAUGCAUGGAGAGAGUCUACUGGAGUAAUUAAGGUUUUCAAUAUUAAGCUCUCGUUAGCACUUCCUGUUCU